AUGCCUCCCCAUGUGCCACGCAAGCGAUUGCGCGGAACAACAGAUGCCUCUGAUGGUGAAUCUGGAAGUGGCAAAAAAAGGAACCGCGGUCCUCUGAUACUCUCGGCUCGGCGCAAACCCACUCUUUACGAUGACUUGGAUGCAACCACCACACCACUGUCUGGGAACAGUGCUGGUUCGAUAUUCCAGGCCUCGGGCGUGGGAGACGACGAUAGCUCCUUGACUUCCUUUUCAGACGAGGACUUUGAAGCUGGUCCACCUGCGAAGCAGCCCCAAGUCGCCAACGGGCCUUCCGAAGACGAGGAUGAAGACUUUGAAUUCGAGGACGUCGCAGCCCCUGCCCCGUCCCACUCGGAUGUGCCUUUUGUUUCGGGAGACCUUGAGUUGACAUUGACCAAGGACUCACGGACGUCGCUGGCAAACCUGUUUGGAGACAAGAAAGGGCCUUCCAAACGAGAGCGCAAGGCCCGGAUUGCGACGCACUCUUUGCACGUGCUCACCCUCCUCUGGCACAAUGCGAUACGCAAUUCAUGGCUUUGCGACCUUGAAGUGCAAGCAACCAUGAUUUCCCACCUCUCGCCCAAGAUGUGGGAUGAGAUUGACAGCUGGAGACGCAAAUCCGGAAUCGUCGCGCCCGCGGGCCGACGAUCAGCGCUGCCCUCGCCCAAAGGCAAAUCGGGCGAAAAAGACGCCAGGAAAAAGAGGGGGCGCCGCGAUUGGGAAGCUUCAGCUAGAAAGCUCGAGGAGGGCGCUGUCGACUUGAGCCACGGCGAUCCCUUGUUUCGGCUCAUGCAAUCGCUGGCGUCGUGGUGGAAACAGAGAUUCAAGAUCACAGCCCCCGGGCUGCGCAAACGAGGCUACAUGACCUUGGAGAGGCUCGAUAGGCUGACCAAGGCGUACAAGGAGAAUUUUGCCCAUCAAGAUCAGUUUGGGGAAAGGGUCGCAAGCCUGGAUGAGUUUCGCACGAGCGCCCGCACCUGCCAGGGAAGCAGGGAUAUUGGAGCUCAGCUGUUUACAGCGCUGUUGCGCGGCUUGAGCAUGGAAGCUAGAAUGGUGGCCAGCUUACAACCGCUGGGCUUUGGGUGGAGUAAGUCUGAAGAUGCCGAUGCCGAAAAACUCGACCCGGCGGCGGAGGCCCCAGUGACCUGCGCCGAGCAAGCUGCCGCGGAUACUUCACGAAAAAACGUCUUGCCCGAUAAGUCUGGGCAUAAACAUCAUGUAGUCUCUGGUCCAGCCUCAAGGCGGAGCGCUUCUUCAAAAGCCAAGGCCAAACCGGAUCCUUUUCCAGACAGCGAGGAUGAAUUACGACCCGAGUACUUGGACACGGAUGACGAGUCUGUGGUAAGUGCGGGAUUCACGUCUAAAGAUACCGCACCGAGAUUGCGCCAACAUGACGCCGAUCUGCCCUUCCCUCAUUACUGGACUGAAGUCCUGUCUCCAGUCACCGAGAAGUAUUUGCCCGUCGACGCCAUCGUUAAGAACCUGGUGGCGACAAAUCGGGAGCUUGCCGAAAGCUUCGAGCCCAGAGGGCAGAGGGCAGACAAGGCAAAGCAAGUCAUAGCCUACGUGGUCGGAUACUCGGCGGAUGGCACAGCCAAGGACGUGACUGUCCGGUACCUAAAACGAAAAGUCCUGCCUGGAAGAACAAAAGGAUUUCGAAUGCCCGCAGAGAGAGUUGUCGUGGGCAACAACGGCAGAAGGGCGAAAAAAUACCACGAGUUCGAUUGGUUCCAAUCGGCGCUCUCGGGAUAUCGAAGGGGAACGAAAACCCAUCCGCUCACCGAGAUAGACGACGAGGAAGACGCGGUGGACCUGAAACCAGCAAAGGCAGAAAAAAAGGAGGUCAAGGAAGGCGAGGAAACACUGCAGCACUUCAAGCAGUCGAAAGAAUUCGUCCUGGAAAGACACCUGAAGCGGGAAGAGGCCCUGGUCCCCAAUGCCACCCCGGUGAGAAAGUUCAAGAACAAAGCCAAGGGCGGCAAGAUGCAGGAAGAAGAUGUGUACCUGAGGUCGGACGUUGUUCAGGUCAAGAGCGCCGAGACUUGGCAUAAACAAGGACGCGCUCCCCUGGCCGGGGAGCAGCCUCUGAAACGAGUUCCGUAUCGUGCCGCGACGCUGAACCGAAAGCGAGAAAUCCUCGAGGCGGAAGCCGCUACCGGCGAGAAGGUUUUGCAGGGAUUGUUCAGCCACCAUCAGACAGACUGGAUCAUCCCACCGCCCAUCGAAAACGGAGUCAUCCCAAAGAACGAGUACGGCAACAUUGAUCUGUUUGCGGAGCACAUGUGUCCGGAAGGCGCCGUUCACGUUCCUUUUAGAGGAGUUGUAAAAGUGUGCAAGCGACUCAAGAUAGACUACGCAGAGGCGGUUGUCGAUUUUGAGUUUGGGCAUCGGAUGGCCGUUCCUGUCAUCCAAGGCGUCGUCAUUGCCCAAGAGCAUCAUGACCAAGUCAUGGCCGAGCUAGAAAAGGACGAGGCGGAGCGCAGGCGAAAGGAGGACGAGAAGCGCCGCAAGGCCUCGUUGAGUCAGUGGCGGAGGUUCAUCAUGGGGCUGCGCAUCGUGGAGAGGAUUCGGCAAGACUAUGGCGACGUGGACGAAAACGCAACGAUUUUCGGCCGUGGCAAAGCGACAGGUUCGGUGGGCCACACCGGGCAUGCGGUAGGAAAUGACGGAAAGGCCGGCGGAGGCUUCAUCCCAGACGGCUACGAGGAGGCACAUGAUGAUGAUGAUGAUGACGAUGAUGAUGAUGACGAGGGGCGGCAGCACCACGCGUCUGGCUUCUUUCCGGUUGGCGACGAGGAGAUGGAUGACGAUGGUGACGAGGGACUCACUGUUGAACACUAUUGA